UUCAACCUGACCGCCCACAGCCACUUCGGCUUUCCCAUUGGCUGAAAUUACCCUCCAACACGACUCCACGCGUUGAAGGUUAUUGCCAGCCGAAGUUCUUGUGCUGUGACGACCUUUUCCAUUUCCCUUUUAACAAAGAAGAAAACUGCGCUUACACUAAAUUGUCGCCUCAAGUCAGUUCCAGCACCAUUUUGGCAGUGAGUGAUGAGAGAUAGAUGACGGCCUUUGGACGGCGCCUACUCCUAAUUCAAGGUAUCACGAACGUGCAAGGACCUUUUGCCGUUCCUGUUUGUAUACCUAGUAUUGGCCCCAGACCGGCCAAAAGGUAGAAAAUUUCAUAUUCAUCAGAGGUAUACUCUCGGUGGUGCUUGAGCUCACAAUAGUGGAUGAUACCUCGUUGACAACCCAUUCACAAAUACGCUGACUGGUCAUAAAGGUGAUAUCACUAUACCGUAGGUACUCGGCCACCACAGCAUGCCAUGAACGGCACUCCCCGACUUCGGUCUGCUUUCCCUCAGACGCCCCAGACGGCGCGGAACUCGCGAGACUUUUACGCCUCUCAUUCUGUAUCAAAACCGCACGAUAUCGGCUUGCAGCGGUCCCCUUCAAAUGCUUCGCCCACUAUCCAGGAUGCAAGUCCGCCACUUAUUCCGGUUGGGAUGGUAGAUGCCCCGUCACAGCGGCUCUAUAUAGUGGCUUUUUAUGUCGCGCUCAACGCUUGGCGGCUUUAUGAGUCUUGGAAAGCCUCGGAUGAUUUGGAUGCAACCUGGUUAUUUCUGAAGUGGGCUUGUAUUGAUGGGGUGUUCCUUUUCGGACUUCAGGCCUUACGCAUACCUUGGCUAGAAUGGGCUUUCCCUACAACGCUUGCGGUGUUUCUGAUUCAUGUAGUUGGCAACAUAUUCCUGAUGUUCCGAAUCCCCAUCCCAAUUGGUGUGUGGAUAUCAGGUAUGGUCAAACUGGCCUAUGAUAGAGAAUUGUCGAUAUCCGAACGGAGUGUAAAGCCCGGCGAUAUUAUCCACAAUGCUUCACUCAUACUAGGAAAGCAAAUAGUUCAUAUAUUACCUGAAGGGUUUGGCCCCUACAUGACAUUGGUUUUCCAAUUUAGGAUACUAAUGAACUUAUUUAGAUCCGCCGUAUUAAAUCCUGAUCAGAUAUCUUUCUGUAUAGAUUCGCAGAAGAGCACUGUCAAUUUGCCCAUUCGAGUCAACCAGACCGACCCUAUUCUAAUCGAGCUAUUCCGCUUAGAUUUCAAUAGCGGCGAGAAUGAAACGAUUACGAUACCUUCGAAGCAGCUCAAGCAGAUUAAGCGUCAAGCAGACAAAAAGUACCGAGCCUCUGGCUCCGAGUUGCAUCGCGACCUUCUAUUCCCAAUUCGGCGACCUGGGAUAUACCGUCUCCAGAGGGUAGUAGAUGAAUCUAAUCUUGACGUUCGUAUGCGAAGAUCUGAUGCGCUUGUUGUUUCCUGUCCCCGAGCUUUGAUUAAAAGCGCUCACACCCACAAGUGUCGAGGCGAGCUUUCUAACUUGGUCUUGACAGUCGAGGGUACACCACCGUUGAAGAUCAAAUAUAGCAGACAGGUGAAUCGUCGUGAUCGGGGCUUCUCUUUCCAAAACAUCCAACCAGACUACUUACGAUCACCGUUACUGGGUCAGAGGAAUCCUGGUACUCUUUUUAACGCGCGAGAGCCAGAUGUUGCUUGGGCUCAGAGCCAAACAAUCGAGGUUCCGUUAAACGAGUCACUGAACCUCGGCGGAGAGUGGCUUUAUGCGAUUGAGGAAGUGCAUGAUGGCAGUGGGAACGUGGCAAAUUAUACAGCGCUCUUGGAUGAAGUCGAUCGACCACCCAUGAAAUCGCUGUCUCAAUGGCAUCAGUUCUCUGUCCAUGAAAGACCCCGGUUGUCUUUGUUUGGAUGCAAUGAUCAGCACUUCAUAGAAGUUGCACGAGGUGAUAAUGUGGACCUGCCUGUCAAGUUUCAUCAAUCGGGACAAGGAUAUGGCAACGAUGGGCCCUUUUCUCUCAUAUACUCGUUUAAUAAUAACGACCAAGAGGCUGCUGAUGAUAUGCCUGGCAAAGUCCGGAAGUUGUCGUUGAAGAGUCUGGAUCAGAAGCCCCAGAUAAAGGACCCGGGAUGGUACAGUUUAAAUUCUAUCUCAAGUCAGUUUUGCUCGGGAGAAAUCUUGGAACCAUCGUCAUGCUAUCUGCACAACCCACCAGAACCUGAGUUGGGUGUUAGGUACGAGAAGAUUUUCGAUAAAUGCGCAAACAACCCGGUUGGGUUGCUUGUUGACCUAGAUCUCACUGGAUCACCGCCAUUCCGGCUCCGGUACGUUAUUGAGCAUUCCAAAGGCAUUGAAACCAAGACCCAAACAAUCGAGGGGCUGCGAACUCAACUGGACUUCACCCCAUCUGAAGCGGGUUUCUAUCGCUAUCGCUUCUUGGAUAUUGCAGACACGGUAUAUGCGCCGCGUUCUCUCAAGGAUAAGGCGCCCAUUCUGGAGCAACACGUUAAACCCCCCGCUUCUGCCCAUUUUCUUGGGUCCCGAGAGUUGCGCAAGGCUUGCUUCGGUGAACCUGUAUCUGUGGAUGUAGCCUUCCUUGGCGAGGGACCGUGGGUUUUGCAGUAUGAACUGGUUCAUAAUGGCAAAAAAACCAAGCAUAUCUUGAAUUCAGAGAGUGACACAUCAAGCAUUGUGACCGAAAAGCUCGUCAGUGGUGGUGAAUAUAACCUUGUGUUAACGAGCGUUAAGGACCGCUCAAACUGCAAACGAACCCUGAAGGAUAGUAUUCAAAUCGAUGCUCGAUCGAAACCGCCCCACGUAUCUUUCGGCGAGAUUGAGAAAGCCCGGAAAUACUCGGCUUUGCAGAGCUCCAAAGUCGAAAUUCCCGUCAGAUUGAGUGGUGAGCGACCAUGGUCUGUGAGGUACAAAACGAAUCACGAUUCUCCGAUCUUUGAGAAAACAUUUUGGCAGGAAAACAGCGCUUUAACGAUAGAACAAGAAGGGCAUUAUCAGCUCCUUGGAGUAACCGAUAGUUCCUGCCCAGGAUUUGUUGACCAAGCAGCUAAGACAUUCGAGGUGACCUGGAUACCUCGGCCGCAGAUCACUGCUGUGGAUGGCUCUCCCGUCAUAGCGGGCGGGCAUAUAGGGAAGCGCGAUGUUUGUCAAGGGGACGAUGACAGUCUUGAGCUUCGGUUGUCGGGUAGUCCACCGUACAGUGUUAAGUAUGAGCAGCAGCGCAAGACUACUCGUGGUUCUCCAUCUGUUCGGCUACACAGCCUGAGAACAGCUCUUCAUGCAGCUUCUAUGGAAAUGGAUACCUCCGAAGCUGGGAUAUAUACAUACAAGUUUACGGAAAUCGGUGACAAUCUCUACGAUCAUGACCCCAGAAGCAGCCCGGUGACAGUGACACAGAAGGUGAACCCCUUGCCAUCUGCUCGAUUUGAUGCUCCUGGCCGUAUUUACGGAUUUUGCAAAGAGGAUGUCAGCGGCGAAGAAUUAAUCCCCAUCACUUUGGAUGGCGUCCCACCAUUCUCUCUGGAAAUAUCGAUCAAACACCAUUCAAAAGCAAAGCCGGAAUUCAUAUCAAUCUCGAAUAUUAAUUCAAACAGGCACAGCCUUCCCAUACCACGACGUCAUUUAGACCUGGGCCAGCACGUCGUCAGUAUUCACAAGGUCAGAGACGCGCGCGGAUGUCAGCGAGCUACUGAAUAUGAUACCUCAUCCGUGAGGGUUGCAGUCUCUGAUGUGCCUACGGUGAUCCCACUUGAAUCUAAGUCUGACUAUUGUGUUGGUGAGCGGCUUUCUUUCUCACUUUCAGGGCAUGCACCAUUUGACGUGUUCUACACAUUCGAUGGGGCUGCCAGAAAGGCUACCUCCCGAGCGACGAAUUUUCGUCGCAUCGCAGAGAGGCCAGGCGUAUUCACGAUCACUGCUGUAAGCGAUGGUGCAAGUGGCAAAUGCAAAGCGCACAAAAACAUCACGAAAACCAUACACGAGAUGCCGAGUGUUAGAAUCAGUAGAGGCAAGACCUCUAUCAUUGAUAUACACGAAGGUGGAGAAGCAGAACUUCAUUUUGAGUUCUGGGGGACACCACCCUUUGAAUUCACCUCUAUCGCACGAAAAGGAAAGAAAUCGGAAAUACUUGACAUUAAGCAUGACAUUUCCUUCGAACAUAUCAAGACGAUUAAAACCUCGGACGAGGGAACUUAUGAGGUUGUGGCAAUCAAGGACAAGUUCUGUUCAUUCUCAUCUCAGACACAUCUAGAGAAGUCUGAGAAAGCAGCUGCACCGUAAGGCUGAGGACAGAGAUUGAUACGUGAUGUAAUGUUAAGAGUCACACUUCGCUCUUUCUUUCUCUUUAUUUUUAGAGAAAAAAGCUUUGUUUUUGCUUUGGUUGUUGUGU